AUCCCACUUGCACCAUUUGCAUAGUACAUUUCAUUUCACACUUCAUCAAGACAGUGACGACCCAAUCAUAUUUUAAAUAAAAAAGGCCACAAUGUUGCUUACUCGCCAACAACAACCGUAACCCUCUCGGAAUCUCCACUUCCACGCCGUUUACUUCCGAUCUCUCGCCGGAGCAGCAGUCAUGGAUAUGCCGCCGCCGAUCAUGCAUGACAGUGACCGUUACGACUUCGUUCGUGAUAUCGGAUCGGGGAAUUUCGGUGUCGCCAGACUCAUGACUGAUAAACUCACCAAAGAGCUUGUUGCUGUUAAGUAUAUCGAACGCGGUGAUAAGAUUGAUGAAAAUGUUAAGAGAGAAAUAAUCAAUCACAGGUCUCUAAGACAUCCUAAUAUUGUCAGGUUUAAGGAGGUCAUUCUAACACCUACUCAUCUGGCCAUUGUAAUGGAAUAUGCAUCUGGAGGAGAAAUGUUUGAGCGAAUCAGCAAAGCAGGGCGUUUUACUGAGGAUGAGGCUCGUUUCUUCUUUCAACAACUCAUAUCUGGAGUCAGCUAUUGUCAUUCAAUGCAAGUAUGUCAUCGAGAUCUGAAGCUGGAAAACACGUUGUUGGAUGGAGACCCAGCACUUCAUCUCAAGAUUUGUGAUUUUGGAUACUCCAAAUCUUCAGUGCUUCAUUCACAGCCAAAGUCAACUGUGGGAACUCCUGCUUAUAUCGCUCCCGAAGUACUUCUGAAGCAAGAGUACGAUGGAAAGAUUGCCGAUGUCUGGUCAUGUGGUGUAACCUUAUACGUGAUGCUAGUGGGGUCAUAUCCUUUUGAAGAUCCCGAUAAUCCGAAGGAUUUCCGGAAAACAAUUCAGAGGGUUCUCAGUGUCCAGUAUUCCGUACCAGACUUUGUUCAAAUAUCUUCUGAAUGUCGCGACAUUAUAUCAAGAAUCUUUGUUUUUGACCCUGCUGAGAGAAUCACCAUUCCAGAGAUAAUGAAAAACGAAUGGUUUCGAAAGAAUCUUCCUGCUGACUUGGUGAAUGAAAAUAUAAGGGAUAACCAAUUUGAAGAGCCAGAUCAGCCUAUGCAGAGUAUGGAUACGAUCAUGCAGAUAAUUUCAGAAGCUACCAUACCAGCAGCUGGGAGCUAUUAUUUAGAACGGUUUAUCGAUGUGGAUGAAGAUAUGGAUGAAAUAGAUUCUGACUAUGAACUUGAUGUAGAUAGCAGUGGUGAGAUUGUAUAUGCCAUAUAAUUUAAUCAUCAUAGAGGCCACAUAUUGAAAAGGAAACACCUUAAUAUUGAGCUUUACGGCCUUCUCAGCCGCAAAGCUAAAAAAAUAUUCUGAGACUAUUUCCUGCAGACUCGAUGAUGCACGAAGUUCAUCAUGUUGAUUUAUAUAUUGUAUGGUUUUUUGGAACAUUCAUUGUCCGCACCAUUUAUAAGUAUCACUUUGUGAAUCGAGUAACAUGUUUUCUAUUUGUAGGGAUCCUCUUUAUUUUUGAAAAAAAAGUUUCUCAACUUCAAUUUAGGAUGUAUAAUGACAUAUUAUUAGAACUUGGCAUGGUAUAAUUGAGAUUUAUAUGCAUGAAAUCAUGAUAACGGCGCUCUUCAUUUCUUUUCACAAAGGGAGAGGACCUCUACUUGAUUUGUAUGCUCUGAAUUCGAAAGAGAUUUUGGCCGAGGGCAAUGAUCAAUUGUUCGUUAUCUUUUUGCUCUUUCUUGUUGAGUACUACAUUGUAUUAUUGUACACAAAUUAUCCUUGGCUGUGUCCUGCAAAUUAAGGGAAAUGUUGUUUACAUUUCCCUGCUUAUGUACACAUAUUCUUCAUGACCUUUUUACCUUGAA